GUUGCUGUCUGGGCAUGCUGGGAGUUGUGGUUCUGCAGCGGUUGGGGGUUCACAGCUUGAAGACCACUGCUAUAGAGGGUGCAAAUGUAUCUGAGCCCUGGAACUCAAAUAAUGUGAAAUAUGAGAUGAUCAAAAUGGAGCCCCUGCACUAAUUACUUGGGUUCUGAGGUCUGUAAGGUCCAUAGUAAAAACAUCAGGUUCUGUCUAUAGCAGAUACUAAAUCAUGGCAGCUCAAAGAAACAAGCAGUCAUUCUGACAUGUCACAUGUGAUGUCAUAGACAGCUGGAGGCCUGACAUCCCACUGACAGCCGCCCGAGCCUUCAGUCUGUUCCAGUGCGAUUAGUGAGAAUAGUGAGAUUAGCGUCUUCUUUUUCUACUUGUCUGAAAUGGAGCUAAAAGGACUGGGGUUCGUCCCCCUCCUGUUGGCGUUUUGGUGUGCGGCCUGGCUUGCCACCAGCUACAUCAUGACGGUCGUCCUCGGCCAUGCAGCCUCGCCACUGAUGAGCAUCAGUGACGUGGGAAAUGUCUUUCCCGAAAGCAUAUUAUUCAGAAUUGGAUUUAUAGGGACGUCCAUUGGCACUUUGGUACUAACCUUUCUUAUUUAUAAGUAUAUGGUUAUGCAUACUGAAGAGUUCAGGGGUCAUCAGGUCCUGAUCCAGAGGAUCCUGCUGGCCAUUGUGUGGGCCUCCUGUUUUUCCACAGCUGUUAUGCAUGUAUUGUCCCCCGAAGAAUAUCCCAGGAUACACUUUGUCAGCACGAUAAUUUCCAUUACAUGUGAAGCCUUAUACUACCUUGGGCAGUCCAUCCAGAUGUAUAAAUUACCAGGAGCAAAAAAAGUCAUCCACCAUAGUAGAUGCACCUGCUGUGGCCUGACUUUUGUCUGUGUAGUUUUCUAUUUUGGAUAUGAAACAUUAAAGGAAUUAUUCCAUAAUGAUGAAGACUGGGACGAGAUCCGUGAAAUCCCCAUCAUAAUCAUCGAGUGGGUGAUGCUUCUACUGAUCCUGAUAAACAUCGUGACCUAUUAUUCCACCAUGCAGAGGUUAUUGUUGACCGUCUCCAGAAACAGCUGCACACUCUCUCUUAGAGUAAAAAUUGAUGACUUCGGGGUGUAGACCACCACGGGGGCCAUCAAGUGGACUUCUGGGAGAGAUACUGCACAGGACACGGAAAAC